AUGGACAAUGACGUUGUCGAGCGAUCUGGUCUGGUUGAACUCAAAGAUCCAGAAGAACCCGCAAACUCCGAAAAUGAGGUUAUUUGCGGCUUAUUUUCAACGGGGAAGGGUGGUUUUCAGGCUGAAGACGUUCAUCCGGGCGGAUUGAUUGAACUCGAUCCCGAGGUACCGAAUAAUGAGGCACCUCUGAGAGGCGAGGAAGAGGCGUUCGAAAUGCUCGACUUGGAAGGUAGCUUCCCCCUUUUUUUUCUGAAUAUUGAGUUGUGAAACGAGAAUUUAUAUAGUCAGUAUGCCACGACUUGAAAUUUCACGGAACGACAUUCCGCUGUUCCACUGCGUGCGUUCGGGAAGCGUCUUCCAAAGAUCUAGAUCACGCUUUCAAUUGAUUUUUACUGCUGUGGGAGAACAUGAAAGUAGAGUACCUUAUUUUUUUUUUUUAUAUUUUGAAAUUAUGCAACUUUUGAUGGCUUAAAUCACACAAUGGCAACGGAAUGAGGUCAUAUUCUUCUUCUUCCUACGCCUUUGUACCACUUGAGCGGCGUCGGCGCCCCAAGUCGAUUAGCCGAGGUCCUAUCCUGAUAUCAGUGGACUGGCUCGAGUGACAUAUCCGUCCUUGUGUGUGACGGCUGGGGAUUUUGAAGCCGUGGUUUCACACUACCAACAUUUCUUAAACCCCUUGGUUGGGUCGGGCGGGGAUCGAUUGUAAGAAAUGAUUGAAAGCGUCGCGGUUGCGUUGCGCGUUUCUUCCUCCGACAUUCAGACCUUCCUGCUGUGCUACAGGGUCUCGCCGCGCGCAAGUAGUUCAUUGUCGGGCGCAGUCCACCGCAAACCUCCGCACAAACAGCGAUUAGUUCAGUGAACUUCUUCAAAGUUUUCUAUUUUUCAACUUGAAGAUGAACUGGAGCAAGAAAGGGACGACGAAGAUGAAAAUGAGGAAGAAGAGGAAGAAGACGAGGAGGAAGAAGAAGAAAAUCCAAACUAGUGGGUUUUCAAUUAUUUUUAUCCCAAUGAGGAGUAAGCCUUUUUGCCCUAAUUUUUUAAUAGAAAAUUUUCUUCGAUUGAAUUUUCAACUUUUUUUUAACCAGCGUAAGUGUAAGUUCGAAAUUUUUACGAAAACUUUUAGCGAAAAUUUUUAGCGAUGUCAACCUGGUCAUUCCACCGGGCAAUAUCAACUUUUACCACGAUUUUAAAUGGUACUAUUGA